CAUCCUGGUUAGUCGGUUCUUUGGUGAGGUAGACGGGUCUGUCAUGGCUGCACUUAUGAAGAUGGGAAUGUUCAAAAAAGUUUCACUGUUUGAUUACCAGGCUAUGUGUAAAAACAGCCACCAUCAUGCCAACAGUGCUCGACCCCUGCUCAGUCCAUUUUAUGUCAUGCUUGCCAUGAUACGGUGGUUCUUCUCCAAUGCUCUUAUGUUUCUGCUGGACUUUAAUCUUUGUGGUCUCUGGCACUCUGAUUAUUUUGUGGAUGCCAAAGCUGGGUAUCACAUGUCUCACAAGCAGAAGAAGGUGGAGGCCCUGCAGCCCUGCGACACGGCAUACCCUGGCUUCAUGUACGAUCCAUCCAUCAGAGAGGCCAACAGCCUCAUCAAGUGUGGGCGCUGCCAGAAGAUGUUCGUGGUGCAGCAGGUUCCUGACAGUAACUUGGUUCUGAUUGUGAUCCAAGCUGACUGCGACUGCUCUCGUCAGUUUGGACCCAUCCUGCUGGAGCCCAAAGAGAUCAAAUAUAUCCUUCACUCGUGCAGUCCAAGUAGCAGACAGAACAUUCAGGACCUGCUGUCCAGUCCACAGAGUUCAGAAGGACAACAAGACUGA